AUGCGUAACAUUUCGCUGCCUGUUUCGGAACGGCUUUCAUUUGACAGAGGAGAGAAAUGUAAAAUUUAUGUCAAAUAUCCUUUAAUUGCAAUAAAGUAUUCUGAGGAGCACAAGAAGAGCAAAAAGUUACAACUUGAAUUCCGUGACAGAGAUACAUUCGACAACUGCAUAUCGUAUUUUGACCUCUGGAGUAUUCCAAAAAAGAUUUUGGAUUCACAAGAGCUGGAUAUUUCUGCAUGCUCGCAACUUACACAGGCAUCCCAACAGAGUGUUGAGCAGUUUAAUUUUUCCCAGCAAGGGGUUAAAUCACUGGAGCCUUCCCAGGCUGAAAAGUCUGAUCAUGAAGAGGCUGAAAUACCUAUAGGCAUCAAAGAUUUAAAACGCAAUUCCGUUACUUGGAGCCAAAAUCUUUUGGGUAAUACAAAUAUUAUUGAUCACACCGAGCAACCCGAAAUUCCUGACUAUGGAAAUCCCACAACUCUUGCAAACAUCUUGGAGAAAAAGCUCCAGGAUCCCAAUUUCAUUGAUUUGGUAAGUUUCUGA